UUGACAAACUAUAGGAAGCCAUGGGCCCCAUGACAUAAAUAUUAUAAACACCUUACCAGACCUGUUUUACCAGCUCCACCUUGAGUCCAGGCUGCCUCUGCUCUUAAGCAGCAUAGUUUCAUGCGAACUGGCAUUUCAGCUUUGCCCUCUGCGAGUUUUUGCUUUAACUUAAAGCACUUGCAUUAUUUCUAGUUCUGUUGAAUAUUUUUCUAGUUCAUUCACCUAUUUAAACAGGGGACCUUGUGGUUGUCUAACGUCCAGGUUGAUCUCCAAGAAAUACAGGUAAUUAUUCUACAUUCCACCCCCGGCACCAUGGCCUCAGCCUGGUCUGAAGAGGAGACCUUUGUCUGCUCAGUAUGCCUGGAUACCCUGAAGGACCCAGCCACUCUACCCUGUGGACAUUCAUACUGCUUGGCAUGUAUCCAGAGCCACUGGGACAAGGGAAACCGCAAAGGUGAGUUCAGCUGCCCCCAGUGUAGGCAGGUGUUUAACCCUCGACCCUCGCUGGCUAAGAGCACUGUGUUAGUGGAGGCUAUGGAGAAACUGAGAACAAACAGCCUCAGACAAAGCUCCUCCAAAGCUGUCUCCUCUGCCCCGCCAUCAAUGCCUAUCUACCUGGAGGUCCUACCAGGAAUAGGGCCGCGUCCGGGCAGCAUGUACCCUCAGCUUCCAACAGUGGAGCCCAGGCCCUGCCCUCAACACAAACGACCCCUGGACCUGUUUUGCCACGAGGACAAGGAGUGUGUGUGUGAAGUUUGUUGCCAGCAUGGACAUGAGGGACAUCGUGUGAUCAAACCACAGGCAGAGAGGAGGGAGAGACAGGUCGAGCUUAAUCAGAUGCAAGUAGAAAUACGGAAGAGAAUCCAGGAGACGGAAAAGAGGCUUAUAGAGCUCCCACAUGCUGCCCGCCAACACAAAGCCUUGGUGCAGGCUCUAAAUCAAGAGAGCACAGAUUUAUUCUCGGAGCUUGUCAAGACUGUGAAUCAAACAGGCAUCCAGGUCGGUGAGGUCCUCAGCACCCAUGAGACCUCCUUAGGUAGCCGGGUCGAAGGACAGAUCCACAGACUGGAGCAGGAGGUGGCACCGCUGCGCUGGAAGAAUGAGGAGCUGAGCAGGCUGAAGGACAUGCAGGACGACAUCUGCUUCUUGAAGAAUUUCUUCAUCAUGGAGCCGCUGGGUCAGACAGGUGCAAUAGGAGAGUCGAUACUGAAUCAGGAGGAAGCGGUGAUAGCCUCUGUUCGCUCUACCAUGAAAGAACUACAGGAGUCAAUACAGGAACUCUGCAAAGCCAGUCUGGCCAAGGUCAUCACAUUAGUGAAUCCUGAUGCAGUGGCUUCAACAUCCAAUGAUGCCUCAGCAGCAGCAGCAGGAGCAGCAGCAGCAGCUAGCAGUGGCCAGGCAACCACACAAACUACAGUGUAUGAGAUGAUGACAGACCCUGCUCCUUUGCCACCUCCACGACCUCGGUGCCGGCAUGAGGAUUCAUUAAAACGUCCUGCAUGUGCUGAAGCUUCAGCCCCACCUCCCCCCUUCCCUGCUCCCCAACCUCAGGCACCUCUUGUAACAACCGUUGGACUUGUUAACCCAGAACCAAAGACAAGAGAAGAAUUACUGAAAUUUUGCUUCGAGCCCACCAUGGACGCCAACACCGUUUAUCGCCACGUGCAGCUGUCCGAUGGAGGUCAUAAGGCCACGAUGCGUGCUGAGAACCUGAACCUACCGGAGCAUCCUGAGCGCUUCCUCUUCUGGAGGCAGGUUCUCUGCAGAGAGGCUCUGGCAGGGAGCCCUUUCUACUGGGAGGUGGAGUGGACUGGCAAGAAGAUGACCAUAGGCGUGGCAUACAAGGAGAUGGAUCGUAGGUCUUCUGAUGACAGCAGCCGUUUGGGCCACAACGCUCUGUCUUGGAGCUUGUACUGGUCCGGGACUGGCUUCUCUUUCUGGCACAAUGGUCAGGAAAAACUGCUGGGCUCUCCUAAGGCCCGGCGGGUUGGCGUCUAUCUGGACCAGCAUGCAGGGGUUCUGGCCUUCUACCGCAUCUCCCACAACCAGGCUGAGAUCAUCCACCAACACCAGAGCCAGUUCACAGGCCCGCUGCACCCAGGGUUCAGGUUCUGGACCGGAGUGGGAGCUACACUGACUGUUUGCCAAUUGGAUUGAGUUGUAUAUGAAAAAUGUGCUGUCGGCUUUUGAUAUAACCUGCUUGUCUGGUUGGCAAAUUGUAAUAAGGUUAUGUCAUAAGUAUAGAAACAAAAAUGUUUCAGGAAUGUCUGGUUUUCAUAUUCUUUUUACACAAAAGCUUAAUUGAUGAGAUUGAUUUGUAAGUGAAUAAAAGAGCAGAAAACACACA